GAUGCCGAACUGGGGUGGAGGGAAGAAAUGYGGCGUGUGCCAGAAGGCCGUGUACUUCGCCGAGGAGGUGCAAUGUGAAGGCAACAGCUUCCACAAGUCCUGCUUCUUGUGCAUGGUCUGUAAGAAGAACUUGGACAGCACCACUGUUGCUGUGCAUGGAGAAGAGAUCUACUGCAAGUCCUGCUAUGGCAAGAAGUACGGUCCCAAGGGCUAUGGAUACGGACAGGGAGCAGGGACCCUGAGCACGGACAAGGGCGAGUCCCUGGGAAUCAGAUAUGAAGAGGGCCAGCCACACCGACCCACCAACUUCUCUGGAAUGACCCAGAAAGUAGGAGGCUCUGACGGGUGCCCUCGCUGUGGUCAAGCUGUGUAUGCAGCUGAGAAGGUGAUUGGAGCUGGAAAGUCCUGGCACAAGUCCUGCUUCCGUUGUGCCAAGUGUGGCAAGAGCCUGGAAUCCACCACGCUCGCAGACAAAGAUGGGGAGAUCUACUGCAAAGGCUGCUACGCCAAGAACUUCGGGCCCAAGGGCUUUGGCUUUGGGCAGGGCGCUGGGGCGCUCAUCCACUCGCAGUGAGGCAGCCCGGGCCCGGCACUCUGCGCGCUCUGGCUUGUCCGGACCAGCCGUUGCUGCCUGACCCUUUGUGCACUCGCAGUGACACCCUUAUAGUAAUCAAUAACCGCCUGCUGCUUCACAGCACGAGUUCAUUCCUCUCUGACCCGACCCAGCGCUCUCUGAAGCCAUGGGGGUCCUUCCAUYGGCCUCGGCAGGCCCUGGUGGUAUAAAUACAGACAGGGAACACAGCUCACACCUCCAAAAAUGUUCUGCUCCACGUUGUGCGUGAAGGUGCCUCAUCCUGCCGGGAUGUGUAUCCAGCCAUGCAGUGCUGCGUCACAGAGCAAGUAAUAAACGUCAAAGC